GUGAUGGUUGCCUGCCUGCUUUGCCUUCUAUUUGCCUGCAAUCUUCUGCCAGUUCUCUUGGCUGGCAAAGUUUCCCCCCCUCCAGGUUCUUCUUCCUGUGUCUUCCCUUUUAUCUUUAAUCGGAGGCCAUAUUCAUCUUGCACUAGAGAUGGAGCCAUUGAUGAGCAGCUCUGGUGCAGCACAACAUCUAAUUAUGACACAGAUGGCCGGUGGAAGCACUGCAUUCUUCAAGAGCAUGGAGGCAAUUCUGGAGGCAAAUCCUGCGUGUUUCCCUUUGUCUACAAAAACCAGACAUUCUACACAUGUACCAAAGAGGAGAAGGGAAGAUUCUGGUGUGCCACCACAAGAAACUAUGACAAGGAUCUUGAGUGGAGCUACUGUGCUGACACCAGAUUAGAUGCCAAUCCUAAGGGACCCUGUGUCUUUCCUUUCAUCUUCAACCACACGUCUUAUUCAUCAUGCACAACAGAUGGAAUUUCUAAUAAGAAGCCAUGGUGCUCCCUUACCAAGAACUAUGAUAUUGACUUUCAAUGGGCCUAUUGUGAACCUUCUGAGCCAAAAGAGGAGGAUGAGAAUCUAUCUUGCACCUUCCCAUUUGUCUAUGAUGGCAAGCUGUAUUUCAGCUGUACAACAGAGGGGCGAAGUGAUGGGAAACGUUGGUGUGCCACCACUAUCAACUAUGAUCUUGACAAAAAAUGGAAGUUCUGUCCAGAGGAAUUAGGAACAGAGCUACAGCAAGAUGAUCCAACUUGUGUCUUUCCAUUCAUCUACAAGGGCAAGUUCUACAAUGUAUGUAUUGAUGAGGACAUGGAUAAUGGAAAGUUCUGGUGUUCCACAAGCAGCAACUAUGACAAAGAUAAGAAAUGGCAAUAUUGUAAUGUCACAAAUCCAGAACCUAAUCUAAUAAUAGUAAAUCCACUUUGUGUAUUCCCAUUCAUCUACAAAAGCAUCUCCUACAAUAUAUGUACAGCAGAGGGCAUGAGUGAUGGGAAGCUGUGGUGUGCCACUACCAGCAACUUUGAUUUGGAUAGUGCAUGGGUAUACUGCAAUAUCACAGAUGCUGAACCCAAAGAAAUGUGCGUCUUUCCUUUUUUGUACAACCAAAAUUUCUACUUCAUGUGCACAACAGAUGGGAUGUUUGGCAAGACAUCUUGGUGUUCCCUCACCCAAAACUAUAAUUCAGACCUGCAAUGGACUUACUGUGAGCCUUCAGGGCCUGAUGAGAUCAUGGAAAGCCCACCAUGCAUUUUCCCCUUCAUCUAUCAGGGAAAGCUUUACAGAAAUUGUACUGCAGAUGGACGGAGAGAUGGGAAGUUCUGGUGUGCAACAACCCAGAAUUAUGAUGUUGAUAGGAAAUUGAAGCUCUGCCAAGAUUUAGGGCCAGAUCCAAUGAUACAAAGCCCAUCAUGUGUAUUUCCAUUUAUCUUCAAGGAAAAGAUCUACAGUACAUGCACUAAUGAAGGCAUGAGUGAUGGGAAAUUCUGGUGUGCCACCACCAACAAUUAUGAUGUAGAUAAAAAAUGGGCAUAUUGUAAUGACACAGGGCCUGCUGAGAAUGUGGAAAGUCUACCUUGUGUCUUUCCAUUUGUCUUCAAGAACCAGGUUUACACCGGUUGUACCACAAAUGGCAGGAGUGAUGGAAGAUUUUGGUGUGCCACCAGCAGUAACUAUGAUAUUGACAAAAUGUGGAGGUUCUGUUCAGAGGAAUCAGGGCCAGAUCCAAAUGUUGAAGAUCCAACAUGUAUUUUCCCAUUUAUCUACAAAGAUAAAUUAUAUACAACAUGUACUGGAGAUGGCAUGAGAAAUGGAAGAUGCUGGUGUGCAACCACUAGCAACUAUGAUGUAGAUAAGAAAUGGACGUACUGUAAUAUCACAGAUCCAGAUCCAAAGAUAGAUGGUCCAACUUGUGUUUUCCCAUUCAUCUACAAUGGCAAUUCCUAUACCACAUGCAUCAGUAAUGGCAUGAGGGAUGGGAAGAAGUGGUGUGCCACUACUGGCAACUAUGAUGUGGAUAAAAAAUGGAUGUGCUGCAAUGACACAGGGCCAGGCACAACUGAGGAAACUCACAAAUGUGUCUUUCCAUUUACUUACAAUGAUAAGAGCUACAACAGCUGUACAAGCGAUGGACAAGAAGAUGGAAAACUCUGGUGUGCCAUCACCAAGAACUAUGAUGUAGAUAAGAGAAUGACUUUUUGUACUAUCACAAAAACAGGCUGUGUUUUUCCUUUCAUCUAUAAAGGAAAACAGUAUGAAAGCUGUACCACCAUGGAUCACAAUGAAGGAAAAACUUGGUGUGCCACCACUCCGGACUACAAAAGUGGUCUGAAAUGGAGAUUAUGCAAUGAAGCGGAUUGUGUCUUUCCUUUUAUCUUUCGUGGACAGUCAUAUGACAACUGUACCAGUGAUGGGCGUGCUGAUAACAAAAAAUGGUGUUCCCUCACUGGCAAUGCUGAUGCCAAUCAUAGUUGGCUUCUGUGCUGAAUUGAACUGAAGAAUUUCAGCUCAUGUCCUCAAAGAUAGACCAGCCAAUCAUCAGGCCUUGCUGCAACUUUUCCACAGCCAGAAUCAAUGUACUACAGAAGUUGAUUUUUCCUUGCUUUCUAGAUCUGGAAAUAAAUUUUUUCUGUAACUCUC